AUGGAUUUGCUGAGCCUGAACACGUUGCAGAACCUUUCGCUGCUUUCGCAGUCAGUCGAACAGCUCAAUGGAUUGUACGGAAUGGAACUCAAUGUUUUCCUGGAUUUUGGUAACAGAUCUGACAGUCUGGCAGCCAUACGGCAGCCCUCGGUGGCGAGCCUAUGGAUACGAAAUGUGGAAAUUCAAUUGGUGCUCGAGGGGAACUUCAGCAGUCGCACUUUGACCAUUGUUCAGCUGGAGCAAGCACUUCUACAACCGACUCUGGAGUAUCUAACAGCUUGGCUGUGGCGUUAUCAGCAUCUUCAGGUGCUCAUCGUCUAUACGGGGGCCACGCAAGUGCUUCUGGAGAUCUUUGACUACUGCUGGAAGCAGGGAAUGGUGCACAUACUGGCAGUGGAAGCAGCAACCGGCCAGCUCUACAGCUUCAUGCCGUAUCCGAAACUGCGGCUGCUGUCGCUGGCCUCUGUUCAGGCGUACUACGCGCGCACACGGGGAAUGUUGAGGAACUUUCAGGGGCACAACAUUACCACGGGCAUCGCCUACAACGGAGGACCGCGUUGCUUUGGCUUUCGGGAUAGUCACAAUCGUACGAUCCUGGCUGGUUAUAUGCUGCACAUGGUGCUGGAGUUUAUCAAACACUUUAAUGGCACCAUGCAAUUGAUUUACAUCACAUCCGUGAGCCAGGCCAUAGGACUGCUGACCAAUCGCACGAUUGACCUCGUGCCGUAUCUGAUGAUACCCGCAGAUGACUUAUAUGCCGCCACGAAUGUACUGUAUCUGGAGAACUGUGUGAUGAUGGUGCCCUCGUCCCGGCCAUUGGCUACGUUUUUGUAUAUGGUGCGACCCUUUACGUGGGGCACGUGGCUGACGUGGCUGCUGAUACUCGUCUACUGCUCGGCGGCGUUGCUGGUGCUGUCCCAGGGUCGCCUCAAUCCGAGCGCCGCCUUCCUGGAGGCACUUUGUCUAUCGCUCUUCCUGGGCAUUGGCAACUAUCUGACGCGGGGCACACCCGCCCCCCGUGGCAUACUAAUCUUUGUUCUGCUCACAGCCUCUGGCUUCAUUUUGACCAAUCUGUAUCUGGCCCAGCUGUCGACGAGUCUGGCGGCGCGUCUCUAUGAGCGGGAGAUCAACACCGUGGACGAUCUGCCGGGCACCAAUCUCAAGUGGUAUAUGAUUGCCUACGAUGCCGCACAGGUGCGCAGUCAGUUCUCCAAUCGGCCGAAUGUCAUCAAGCACAUUCUGGUCGGAUCCAAUGAGAAAACGGACGAUCUGCGGCGGCAACUGAAUACGUGCUGCGUCCACUCGGGCUACGAGGAUCGCAUUGAUUUUAUCCUGUACCAGCAGAAGCUUUUGCGGUUUCCCAUCUUCCGCAAACUACCCGAGAUUCUGUACCAGCAGCCCCACCAGAUACCCGCCUCGUUCGGGCGUCCCUAUCUGCCAUUUUUCAAUGAUUUCACGCUCAGGAUAUUCGAGAGUGGCAUUCAGCAGAAGAUGAAGAGCGACUCCUAUCGCCAUGGCGUGCAGAGCGGGCAAAUUCAGUUCAAUUUCAGGGAUCGCUACAUGGAAGUGAGCUCGAAUAAUCUCGAAUAUUAUUAUGUGAUUGCGGGCCUGUGGCUGGGCGGCAUGCUCCUGGCCACCAUAUCGUUUCUCUGUGAGUACUAUCCCCAUCGGAAGGGGGGCAAUACGAGCCUGAAUAAAGUGUGA